AUGGCUAGGCUUGAGGAUGGCGCUGAGCCCCAUGAGGUCUACCCGACCAUUCUGGUCUUGGACUUUGGGAGCCAAUAUACUCACCUCAUCAUCCGCCGGCUGCGUGAGCUCAAUGUCUAUUCCGAGAUGCUCCCCUGCACCACCAAGCUGUCAGAGCUCAAGUUCAAGCCGGUAGGUCUCAUCCUCGGCGGCGGCCCCUACUCGGUCUACGACGAGGGCGCCCCCCACGUGGACCCGGCCUACUUUGACCUCCAGAUCCCCAUCCUGGGCAUCUGCUACGGCCAGCAGGAGCUCGCCCACCGCCUGGACAAGGACAAUGUCGUCGCCGGCGUGCACCGCGAGUACGGGUCCGCCGACCUGACGGCCAAGAGCAUCAACGCCCACGCCGACCGCCUGUUUCAGGGGCUCGAGGACACCAUGAAGGUGUGGAUGUCCCACGGCGACAAGCUGGCCAAGCUGCCCGAGGGUUUCCACACCAUCGCCACCACCAAAAACUCGGAGCAUGCCGCCAUUGCUCAUGACUCACUGCCCAUCUACGGCAUCCAGUUCCACCCCGAGGUUACUCACACGCCCAACGGUACACAGCUGCUGAAGAACUUUGCCGUGGGUAUUUGUGGUGCCUCUCAGAACUGGACCAUGGGCAACUUUUUCGAGCAGGAGAUCGCCCGGAUACGGAAGCUUGUCGGCCCCAGGGGCCAGGUCCUCGGAGCCGUCAGUGGCGGUGUGGACUCGACCGUGGCUGCGAAGCUGAUGCACGAGGCCAUCGGCGAGAGGUUCACGGCUGUUCUGGUGGACCACGGCUAUCUGAGAUACCAGGAGAGGGAGCAGGUCGAGAAGGAUCUCAAUGAACAUCUCGGCAUCAACCUGAGAGUCGUCGACGCGUCCAAGGAGUUCUAUGCUGGUCUUGAGGGAAUCACUGAUCCGGAGGCCAAGCGAAAAUUCAUCGGAGGUGCUUUCAUUGAUGCUUUUGAGGCUGAGCUCGAGUCGAACCUCAGGAUACUGACAACAUGUUCCUUCCCUCAGGCCGAGAAGCUGGAGAAGGAGGCUGCCUCAAACCCAAACAGGGCUGAGAAGAUUGGGUGGUUCCUUCAAGGCACAUUAUAUCCGGAUGUCAUAGAAUCUCUAUCCUUCAAGGGACCUAGUCAGACGAUCAAGACACACCACAAUGUGGGUGGUCUGCCCAAGAGGAUGACAGAGGGACACGGCUUGAAGCUGCUGGAGCCUCUUCGGGAGCUCUUCAAGGACGAAGUGCGAGAGAUGGGACGGCAGCUCGGCAUUGCCGAGACCCUCGUGAUGCGUCACCCCUUCCCAGGACCGGGUAUCGCCAUCCGCAUCCUGGGCGAGGCCACACCCGAGCGCGUUGAGAUGGUGCGCCAGGCAGAUCACAUCUUCAUCAGCAUGAUCCGGGAGGCCGGCCUGUACAACAAGAUCGGACAGGCCUUUGCCGCGCUGGACCCCAGCCGGGCCGUGGGCGUCAUGGGUGACAAGCGCGUGUACGAGAACAUUGUGCUCCUGCGGGCUGUCGAGACGACCGACUUCAUGACGGCCGUGGCGUACCCGUUCAGCUCUGAGUUCCUGACCGAGUGCUCGACGCGCAUCGUCAACUCGGUCCACGGUGUUUGCCGGGUCUGUUAUGACUACACCAGCAAGCCGCCUGGAACCAUUGAAUUUGAGUAGAGAAACCGAAGAAGGAAAAGGAAGGAGAAGAAAAGGAACUAUUAUAAAAGCAGAUACCUUUUGACCUAAGGAUGGAGAGCUGUGUGUUAUAGAUUUAUAGAGAUCGCAAGAAUGAUUUUUAUCUCCUAAAAAGCACAUACAAAAUACAAGAAAUCUUUCGACCA